AUGAAAGUGAUAGAGCAGCUCAAGCGUCAUCUGAUGAGGGCACAACAAGUGAUGAAAAACCAAGCUGAUAACAAACGAAAAGAUGGAAUUUUCAACGUAGGAGACAUAGUUUUGGUCAAGCUGCAACCUUAUUGGCAACAUUCUGUUGACUUAAGGAAGAAUAAGAAAUUAUCAACGAGGCAGUUUGGACCAUUAACAGUCAUUGAAAAGAUAGGAAAUCUGGCCUAUAAGCUAAAGUUACUUGCAACUACCAAGAUACAUCCAGUAUUUCACAUAUCUCAGUUGAAGGAAUUUAAGAGCAGUAACGAAGAGCCUUAUUUUCGUUUACCUCUCACAACAUCUGAGACAGGGAAAUUUGUGACAACUAUCCAGCUUUCAACCUUUGAGGACAAGGUUGAGUUUAAAGAGGGGGGUAUUUUUAUGAAAGAAAUGACUAAGGAGAAUGAUGACUCUGCAAAGUUGGCUACAAGUAGUGGAGAGUGA